GUCGCGGUCUCGUAUUCAAAAUGUUCUCGCACUCGCGCUGUCGACUGGCGCCUGCGCUUGACGACGUCGUCGCGGCCUUCAAAGUUCUGGGCCUCACCUACAACCCCCGCACCGCCGCUUCCAGCCGGCCCGGCGUGGACGACGUGCGGCGGCAAUACCGCGAAAUGGCACGACUGCACCACCCCGACCUAAGCAGCGGUGACGACAAUCGCAUGAAGGUGAUCAACACGGCCUACGAACUCAUCCAGUCAAGUGGAGUGCUGCAGGGUGCGUACGACCCGGCACGGCAAAAUGCAGCGCGCACAGCUGGGCCGUCAGAGAACGCAAAUGGGGCGGGUGCGUCCGCGUCGAGUCGGUUUGCGCGGAAGGCCGGCACACGGCGGCGACGCGUGCCGGAAGACUUCGCCAGCGGCGACGACUCGUCGUGGUCGAUGAAAACGCAGCUGGACUGGCAGUCCAUGAUGAACAGCACCGACUCCGUGACGGAGCCGGAGAUGAAGAACCCGGCGAACCACCCGUUUAGCCACAGCCGUUUCUUCAGCUUCGAGGAUGAUUUGGGCAUUUACCGCAUGAUACGCGGUGGGGCCACGGUCCGCCAGGUCGCCCGCACCCUCGGCAAGCCGGCGACGUUUGUCGAACGACGCCUACAGAACGCCCAAUUUAAGCUCCGCGUGCAAUACGUCCUGCGGCAGGAGAAACGGAAAAGCGCAGCACCAAACUCUGCCAGCCACAAUGUAACCGGCGCUAUGGCAUCGAGCUCGUCCAGCCCGUCAGGACACACCACCUCCACGCCCAUCACGGAGCCAACCACACGUCGAGUCCUGCGCCGUUCUCCCUACGAGGACUCCGCGGGUGCAUUCUCCACUCCUGCUCUCACCACGUAUUCGUUUACGGCGGGGUCGCAGCGGAAGAAGGAAUGGGAGGCGUCGUACCCGGAGUGGCGUGCACCGCGGUAUCGGGAUCAGAUGACGCUGGAGGAGCAGGGAAGACUGGACGGCCUACUGCGCGACAGUCCGGGAAACGGGCACAAACGCGUUGGUGCGGCGGAGAAGCUGCGACACGGCUCCGCGUCCAAAGUGGGACGCUCCUACGAGAACUAUCAACGUAUGCGACCCCAAUAA